UAUCUUUUAAAAUUUUUAAUAUAUUUUAUCAAUCAUCCAAAAUAACCAUUUUUUAUGCUAAAAUAAAUUAAUUAAGUCACUUUAUUUCUUCAAAAUAAAAAGGAAAAUUAGCUUUAUUAUAAAAGAAAUUAGAGUUAUUUAAAUAUACAAAUAACUUUACUUUUUAUUACAUAAAAUAGAGUAAAAGGAAAAACAGACUAAAAGUCCUAUUAAUUAAUUAAUAUUGUUAUUAAAUCAAUGAAUUGUAUAGUUUUUAUGAAAGUAUAUUUUUUGUUUGUUAAUUUUAUCUAAUAAAAGAUCCUAUCCAUUAAUCUUAAAAUAUAUUUUUAAAGUGAUGUCUGUUUGUACUACGCAAUGACAGAACCAAAUGAUUUUCCCAAAUGCAAAUAUCUCCACUUUAUAGACAGAUUUUGUAAUGAAAAAUUUAAAUAUGGGAUCAAAACUUUUGUUCAAUUUUUACUGGCUCAAAAUUUGAUAGGUUUUACUGUAACUUUUUGCGAUCAUAAUUUAAUAUAGAGUAAAAGCAAAAACACUAAAGAUCUUUAAAGAUAUUAAUUUUGA